UUGAAGUUUCCUCAUGUCGACCCUAAGACGCGACAAAAGCAAAUCCAAAUCCAAAGUCCGCUUAACCGAUGAACAAAUCGAAUCCUUCAAAAACGAAUAUUCCAUCGAUGAUCACGUGAUCACUCUCCGCGAACUAGAAAUCAGACACAACACCAACUUCAAACGCGGCCUUACGGAAGCCCAAGCCCACGAGCGCCUCCUCCGAGACGGCCCCAACUGUCUACAAGCCCCGCCCGCCAAAUCCCGUUGGUUAAUCUUGGCAAACUUCCUAUUUUGCGGCUUCAAUGCGCUAUUAUGGCUCGCGGUGUUUAUGGCUUUGAUCACUUUUGCCAUAACGAAGUCACAAGGGAGGCCAGCAGCCGAGGAACAACUCUAUUUUGCCACUGUUGUUUUGAUUGUCAUUCUCUUCACGGGGUUUUUCAGUUUUUAUCAAGAGGCCGCCAAUGUUGCCAUUAUUGAAGGUUUCCAAAAACUAACCCCGAAAUUCGCGACGGUUAUUCGCGACGGCGAGAGGCGUGUCAUACCAAGCGAGGACGUUGUCAUUGGUGAUUUGGUGGAGUUAAAGGCGGGGGAAUGGAUACCAGCUGAUGUCAGAGUUAUCAAAUGUCAAGCUUUGAAAGUUGACAACAGCGCAAUUACCGGCGAAUCAAAUCCACAAAGUCGUUCCAGCGAAUUAUCAGAUCCUUUAGCUCUCGAAUCGCCAAAUUUGGCAUUUUUUAGCACUUGUGCCGUCGAGGGGAGUGGCAUGGGCGUGGUCAUUAAACGCGCUGAUGAUACUCUGAUUGGUGCAAUUGCUAAUUUGGCCACAUCUCUCGAAAAAGGACAAACACCAAUCCGGAGAGAGAUCAACUAUUUUAUCAAAUUCAUUACGGUUUUGGCCUUUGGGAUUGGGACAAUGUUUUUUAUUGUUUGUUUAGCCUACGGAUAUGAUUUUUUCACAAGUUUUACUUAUUUUAUCGCUCUGAUUAUUGCAAAUGUCCCGGAAGGGCUUCCGGUCACUUUGACGGCUUGUAUGACGCUUACUUCCAAACGUAUGGCAUCGAAAAAUUGUAUGGUGAAGAAAUUGGAAGCCAUAGAGACUCUAGGUUGUACCAGUGUCAUAUGUUCGGACAAAACUGGAACUUUGACACAAAAUAAGAUGAAAGUUGUGCAUCUUUUCUAUGACAAUCAAGCCUAUUAUGUCAUGGUUGACGGGGAAUCCCUCGAUAAGGAAACCCAAGCGUUUCAGGCCCUAUGUCAGGUUGCUGUGCUUUGUAGUAGAGCGACGUUUGUGAUUGGUCAAGACCAUCUUCCUUUGAAUGAAAGAGAAACAAUAGGAGAUGCGAGUGAAUCAGCGUUGUUGAAAUGUAUGGAAAUGUUGUUGGGAAAUGUGUCGAUGAAAAGAAGGGAUAAUCCCAAGGUGUGCGAAAUCCCCUUCAAUUCCACCAACAAAUACCAAGUUUCGAUUCACCAAAUCAAAAGCGAAUUUGUCCUUUUGAUGAAAGGAGCCCCCGAACGCAUCCUAGAUCGUUGUUCAACAAUCCUGCGUUUCGAUGAAACCUCAUCCCUGACCCAAGAUAUCAAAAACGGGAUUAUGAGAGCUAUCAAUAAUUUGGGAUUAAAAGGGGAACGUGUUUUGGCUUUCGCCGAUUUGCAAUUACCAUCAGCGAUUUAUAACAAGAAUUACGUCUUCAAUGUUGAGAAACCAAAUUUUCCAUUGACUGGAUUAAGGUUUGUCGGAUUGAUUUCAAUGAUGGAUCCUCCUCGUCCCGCCGUUCCCGACGCUGUUAGUAAAUGUAAAACGGCAGGAAUUAAAGUCAUCAUGGUGACAGGGGAUCAUCCUAUCACAGCCGCAGCGAUUGCAAAACAAGUCGGGAUUUUGUCCCAACAAAGUGUAACAUCUUAUGAUAUAGCAUUGAGAAGGGACGUUUCAGUCAGUUUAGUUACUGAUAAAGAGAAAAGUAUGUGUAAUGCGGCUGUUAUCACUGGAAGUGAUUUGAGAGAAAUGACAACGACUGAAUUACAAAAUAAUUUGUUGACAUAUCAAGAAAUUGUUUUCGCAAGGACAAGUCCCCAACAAAAACUGAAAAUUGUGGAGGCGUUUCAGAAACUGGGGCACAUUGUGGCCGUUACAGGAGAUGGGGUUAAUGACUCUCCAGCCUUGAAAAAGGCUGACAUUGGUAUCGCGAUGGGCAUUGCCGGCACCGACGUGUCCAAAGAGGCUGCCGACAUGAUCCUCCUUGACGACAACUUCUCGUCGAUAGUGACCGGAGUUGAGGAGGGCCGUCUCAUUUUUGACAACUUAAAAAAAAGUAUUGCUUAUCUCCUGACAUCAAAUGUGCCCGAAAUUGUGCCUUUUAUUGCUAUGGUAUUUAUAAAUAUACCACCAGUGAUUGGUAUUUUAGCCAUAAUGGUAAUUGAUGUUGGGACGGAUUUAUGGCCGGCUAUUAGUCUCGCGUAUGAGAAAGCCGAAGCUGAUAUUAUGACACGGCGACCCCGCGACCCCUUUUACGACAAACUUGUCAAUCACCGAUUGAUUCUAUUGACCUAUGCCCAAAUUGGGGUCAUCCAGACUUGUGCAAGCUUUGCGUCGUAUUUUUUGUGUAUGAUGGAGCAUGGGUUUUUUUGGGGUCGUCUCGUAGGUUUAAGACACGAUUGGAUCGAUAAAGAUAAAAUAGUUAAAGAUUCGUAUGGCCAAGAGUGGACUUAUGAGGAGCGCAAGAUUUUAACGCGGAAAUGUUACAGUAGUUUUUUUCUGUCGAUAGUAUUGACACAAGUGGCUGAUUUGAUAAUUUGUAAAACGAGAAGAUUGUCGUUGUUUCAGCAAGGGAUGACGAAUUGGGUGCUGAAUGCUGGAAUUUUUGUCGAGUUGAGUAUAGCAGCGUUGGCGGUGUAUUGUCCCGGUUUGAGGAUGUUGUUGCAGUUUGAACCGAUCAGUUUGGAUAUUUUGGUGCCGACUCUACCAUUCGCGAUUAUUAUUUUUUCGUUCGACGAGGUGAGGAAGCUGUUGAUUAGGAGGCAUCCUGGGGGGUUGAUCGACAGAGAGACUUAUUAUUAAUCAAUUAUU